GAAUGAAGCAGAUUGCAAGCCCAUCAACAACCGGGGUGUAAACAUUAGUCCAAACAGUUUCAAAAAGUUCAGUUUUAUAACUAAAACCAUUGGACAAAUUCAGGUAGCUCACGCCCGUUUAGUUCAGUUUGCUUCCGUUUAAGAAACGUUUUGCAACAUAAUCUGGGGAAUGAAUACACCCCUGCACAAGAACGAACUGCAAAGUGAGUGUCACGAGUUCCUGGCAAAACAACACGAUCAAUGACUUGAUAGCCUUGCCUGAAUGUUCUUCGAAAUAUCGUCAACCAAAUAUAUAUAGGGUCUGUCCUUUGAAAAAAGGCUGGCUUGAUUAUCUGCCAGCCAGCUCAUGGGCACUCAAUGGUCCCGAAGCGAAAGCGACAGCAGUCUUCUGCUCGUCCCGGAGGUUGGGACAGGGUGGCAGACGGGGGAUGAUGAUGAUGACUCGCUGGAUGGACUGGACAGACAGGAGGACAUUGCUCGGUUCCCUUAUGUAGAGUUUACUGGCAGGGACAGUAUUACCUGUCCAACAUGCCAAGGCACUGGCCACAUCCCCUCAGAGCAGGUCAAUGAGCUUGUGGCUCUGGUUCCCUACAACGACCAGAGACUCCGGCCCCAGAGAACGAAGCUGUAUGUGGUCCUCUCGGCGGUGCUAUGUCUCCUGGCUUCCUCGCUGGUGGUCUUCUUCCUCUUUCCUCGCUCUGUCGUGGUGGAGGAUGAUGGGAUACGCUCUGUCACCGUGCAGUUUGAUCACACCAACACUAAAGUCCUCAUGAAUAUGACAAGCUCCUUGAACUUCACCAACUCAAACUUCUUCUCAGUGAUGGUUGAUAGUCUAAGCUGCCAGGUUCUCUAUAUGAAAACAGUCAUAGGCACCAUGCAGCUAGAUAACGACAUCACCAUCCAGCCCCUGAGCCAGAGACAGGUGAACUUCACAGUCAGCGUUCAGAUCAGUGGAAGCACCGCCUAUGUUUAUGCCUUCUGCACCAUGGCAAGCAUCAAGGUUCACAAUAUCUUGGUUAUCAUGCAGACAUCUGUGAAAACCUCCUACAUGAUGCGCACGGCCCAGAAUACCCUGGAAGCUUAUCGCUACAUUGACUGUGGUUCAAACUCCACGGUUCACCAGCCCCCACGCCGACUGUGGCAGUAACCCUCCCUCCCUCACCACUAAAAUCACCACCAGCCAGUGGUGAGGUCAAGAGUCCAGCAGCCAGGGACAGGGACAAAGAUGUUGGGAGCCAGGCCACAAGAACCAGGAAAUAUUCCCAAUCAUUUUAGUCCAAGCAUUUGUUUUGACUUCAGGAUCAUUAAGUUUGAUCACUUGCCUUCAUAAAUGCAACAAACACCAGCUAUUCAGUAAAUUAUAUUUAGCUGUUGUGCAUUUGGCUGAAAUUCAAGGCAUGACUAAUUUACAUCCUGUUGAAGCUGCAACAAUCUUGACUUUAGGAGGGAAUUAGUUAUCCUUUGCUUGAGCACAGUUACCGGUGUUACUACUGAAUUAUGACUGCGUAUCCUGCUGUGCUAGUCCUUGCAUUUGUGACAUUGAGAUCGUCCGUUCACAUUUUUAAGUGUCCUUUGGUGUGGGUCCUAUGAUUUCAGGGACUUGGCAUAGUAGGAAUGUAUAAAGUGACUGAUAUUUUAUUGCGCAAGAAGGGAGAUUUGCUCCCUGCUAUUUAUAUCUGGGACUUGACAGGACUAGUCGAGGGAUGUGCCUAAGACAAUUUUGUUUGCACCUCAAAAAUGGUACAUAGGGCUAUUGUUUGAUAUGUAUCUCUGAUUUAUUUUCUGCUUUUUAAUAAGGGAGAGUUACUGUCAGAAGGUACUAAUAUAAGUUACAACACUCUGUUUGGGUGUUUCCCACUGAUUUACUAAGCAUUUAUACCAGUACAAGAUUAAACAUAAGAGUAGUAAUAUAUGAUUGUAAAGUCCAUAAAAAGGCAGGUUACAUGUUUUUCCUUCUAUGGGAUCGAACAUUUUACUGCCCUUAAUUAUGGGGGGGGGGGGGGCUGCAAAUGUUUUGCUAGAGCAUGAUUAGCUGGUAAAUCCAACUCUCAUGUCGAAGUACAACGUUGUUGACGUGAUUGUUAACAAUGUAAUACUAAAAGCAUAGUUUUGCCAAGUACACAGCACACUAGCACAGUGUAGCACACUCUGUCCGGAGGCCCAACUUGGACUUAAUAACUGUAAUGGCUUGCUAAAGGGAUCUUUAAAGACAGCCACAGCAGUAUUAACCAGGUCGGCAUGACUAAAACGUCAUUAACUCACUCACUGUCCUAUUGUGUUGGGUAUCUUCGUAAUGUCGUUUACAUUCCAAAGCACAGCCUCUUGUUGUCAUAGACUUUAUAAUUAAGCUGAUGAAAUGACUUGAAAUUUGGUUUUGGAGUUUGGUAUUUCGGGAGCGUUGAAAAGCGUUAAGCUUGUGUGGUAUUUCCAAGUUAGUGGAUUGUGUUGUUUAAUUUAGCUCUGCUGGUUAGAUCUUUUGAAUUGUGUUUGAACAGGGUUAUUGCACUAAAGGGCAAUGGAGACCGCCUGAGUGCCAAUCUGUUUGUGCUAUCAUGCUAACUUCCUGUCACUCAUUGUCAUGCAAAACAUGUUUGGCUUGACAAUGACAGCAAUGACUUGGCAAGAGCACAACCAGAUCUGAGACCAGGCUACAAUGGAGAAAGGUGAAAACAGAUGGUGAGGUGUAACAAAACCAAAAAAAACACGUGUUUUGUAUGCUGAAGGAAUAUGACUGAAUCAUGCCUUUUAGGGGAUGUGAUUGAGGAAAUGUAUAUAUUUUUCAAAUUCUAAAAUGGGGAGAGAAAAAAUAAGGGAAUGGUCAACUAAUAAAGAUGGUUACUUUUUUAAUGAGAA